AGGGUGUGUCCGGUGGCCACCAUUAUUUUUGGGUAUUAAAAUCUUAGACAUUCAAAUACAGUGAUAUUACAUGUGUGUAGGAGAACAACGGCAAUUGACUGCAGCUUUUUACGCGUCGCCAAGUGAAUGACCUGGCAUGUCUGCCACGGACUGGUACGCGCAUAAAUCCCUCGGGGAAGGACUAUAUUGGAUCCAGGAGAAGUUUUUCGAAUCGUCAAACAGAGCUAAUAUUUGGCUCCUCCGAGGAUCUCACCAAGACGUAGUGAUAGACACAGGCUUGGGUUUGAGGAGCUUACCUGACUACAUUAACUCCAAAGGUCUGCUUGGAGACGACCCGCAGCGAAAGAACCCCCUUUUGGCUAUCGCCACCCACGCCCACUUCGACCACUCAGGUGGUCUGCAUCAGUUCCAACAGGUCGGGGUCCACAGUGCAGAGGUCGAUGCGCUUGCUAACGGAGACAACUUCGAGACGGUCACCUGGCUGUCCGAUAGAGAGAUAGUCCGGGCUCCCUGGCCGGGAUGGAGGGCCAGGCAAUACAGAGUCAAAGCUGUACAACCAACACAUAUACUACAAGAAGGUGAUGUCAUCAACCUGGGUGACAGGCAGCUGACGGUGCUGCACAUGCCCGGCCACUCCCGGGGCAGCAUCUGCUUGCACGAUGGCGACAACAAGCUGCUGUUCAGCGGGGACGUGGUCUACGACGGAGCCAUGAUCGACUGGCUGCCCACUAGCCAGGUCAGCGACUACAUCAGCAGCUGUGAGCGCCUGGUGGGGCUGGUGGACAGCGAGCAGGUGGACCAGGUAAUGCCGGGACACUAUCACACAUUUGGCGCGAAGCAGCUCCACCGCAUCGCCUCGGGGUACAUCGACAAAGCUGGCACCUGCCCGGCACGCUUCUCCACGUUCGCCUGGAGGACCUUGGCUGGAUUGGCGUUACGGGCCUCCAACACACGGGGCGGGGCAUCUGCUAGCCAAGGGACAGGCUAGCAUUUAGAGUCGCACAGGUAGACUGGGGAUAUGCGGGAGGUAAUUUACCCCCUCAAUGAUCAGGAAUUCUUUGUACUGUCAAUCAGAAACUGCUGUGAUCCAAUGUAUGUUAUUUUACAUCAUUAAUUAAAAUGCCCCCACGCUUUACAUCAGGCAAUGAUUGACAGAAAAUCAAGAUUCCCAUCAUUAUGGGAUGCAUUCAAGACUGGAAAAUGAAUAUAUAUACUGCUCAAAAAAAUAAAGGGAACACUAAAAUAACACAUCAUAGAUCUGAAUGAAUGAAAUAUUCUUAUUAAAUACUUUUUACUUUACAUAGUUGAAUGUGCUGACAACAAAAUCACACACAAAUUAUCAAUGGAAAUAAAAUGUAUCAACCCAUGGAGGUCUGGAUUUGGAGUCAAAAAAGUCAAACACUCAAAAUUAAAGUGGAAAACCACACUACAGGCAGAUCCAACUUUUAUGUAAUGUCCUUAAAACAAGUCAAAAUUAGGCUCAGUAGUGUGUGUGGCCUCCACGUGCCUGUAUGACCUCCCUAAAAUGCCUGGGCAUGCUCCUGAUGAGGUGUCUCAUGAGGGAUCUCCUCCCAGACCUGGACUAACGCAUCCGCCAACUGGACAGUCUGUGGUGCAAUGUGGCGUUGGUGGAUGGAGCGAGACAUGAUGUCCCAGAUGUGCUCAAUUGGAUUCAGGUCUGGGGAACGGGCGGGCCAGUCCAUAGCAUCAAUACCUUCCUCUUGCAGGAACUGCUGACACACUCCAGCCACAUGAGGUCUAGCAUUGUCUCGCAUUAGGGCCAACCGCACCAGCAUAUGGUCUCACAAGGGGAUCUCAUCUCAGUACCUAAUGGCAGUCAGGCUACCUCUGGCGAGCACAUGGAGUGUGGCCCCCCAAAGAAAUGCCACCCCAGACCAUGACUGACCCACCACCAAACCGGUCAUGCUGGAGGAUGUUGCAGGCAGCAGAACGUUCUCCACGGCGUCUCCAGACUCUGUCACGUGCUCAGUGUGAACCUGCUUUCAUCUGUGAAGAGCACAGGGCGCCAGUGCCGAAUUUGCCAAUCUUGGUGUUCUCUGGCAAAUUCCAAACGUCCUGCACGGUGUUGGGCUGUAAAGCACAACCCCCACCUGUGGAUGUCGGGCCCUCAUACCACCCUCAUGGAGUCUGUUUCUGACCGUUUGAGCAGACACAUGCACAUUUGUGGCCUGCUGGAGGUCAUUUUGCAGGGCUCUGGCAGUGCUCCUCCUGCUCCUCCUUGCACAAAGGCGGAGGUAGCGGUCCUGCUGCUGGGUUGCUUCCCUCCUACGGCCUCCACGUCUCCUGAUGGCCUGUCUCCUGGUAGCGCCUCCAUGCUCUGGACACUACGCUGACAGACACAGCAAACCGUCUUGCCACAGCUCACAUUGAUGUGCCAUCCUGGAUGAGCUGCAUUACCUGAGCCACUUGUGUGGGUUGUAGACUCAGUCUCAUGCUUCCACUAGAGUGAAAGCAUCGCCAGCAUUCAAAAGUGACCAAAACAUCAGCCAGGAAGCAUAGGAACUGAGAAUUGGUCUGUGGUCAGCACCUGCAGAACCAUUCCUUUAUUCGGGGUGUCUUGCGAAUUGCCUAUAAUUUCCACCUGUUGUCUAUUCCAUUUGCACAACAGCAUGUGAAAUUUAUUGUCAAUCAGUGUUGCUUCCUAAGUGGACAGUUUGAUUUCACAGAAGUGUGAUUGACUUGGAGCUACGUUGUGUUUAAGUGUUCCCUUUAUUUUUUUGAGCAGUGUAUAUAUAUUUUAAUAUAAUAUUAAGAAUAAGUUGUGUGAUUGUUGGAAUGUGCUUUCACGUUAGGCAGCAUCUCUUAUGGCGGUGUUUCUCUACCCCAGAACUCAGUUGCAUAUUUUUGUAUUUGCCCAGCCGGAAUAACUAAUGAAGAGCUAGAUGGUUAGUUGUCGAGUCAAAUAUUCAACCUUAAGGAGGCUCUUGGAUCAGAGAUGAGUAACACUGCCAUAGGGGAAAUAAGGUGACAGGCAGCACACCACCUACUGACCUCAACACAGACAGAAAGAGAGAGAGAGAGAGAGACACAUUCACACAGACAGAGCAUGACCGUCUAUAUCUUUGUAACCUCGUCCCCAGGCUAACAGAGAGAAAGGCGGCUGGUGGACGAGACUAUAUAUUUUGUAACACUGCAUAAAGCCAUCACAAGUAUUAGCACAUUCCUGAAAUGAGACAUUCCAGUUACUGUUGCUUUUUUCUUUUACUUUCAACACUGAGGAAAAGGACAUUUUCAACAGCACAAAUUCCCAUUGAAAGAUUCAUGUGAUAGUUUGGCUGCAAAUACCAAUUCUGAAGAUCCCUCUAGCGAAUGAUUUGACUAAUCCAAUGAUUUUAAAUUCAUGACUGGAAGUGCACAGUGUGGGAGACGGGUGGAGAAUUGGCACGCAUGCUUGGAUCCUGUGUGCAGAGAAUGACAAGGAUAACUGGGUCACCAAUGGCUCUCGCAGUACAUUGUCUGGAUAGCUGAAAUACGCUACAGCAGUUUUCAACUUUAAAUGGAUAAAAUAUUCAUUCAGUCCCUAAACUAUGAAACAGAACACUGCGUUGGCAUGUACUAUGUCUGCAUACAUUUUGGGUCAACUGACAAGAGUUUAACGGGGGAGGCCAUCAUUGUAAAUAAGAAUUUGUUCUUAAUUAACUGACUUGCCUAGUUAAAUAAAGGUUAAAAAAAAUAAUUUAAAAAACAAAGUGUCUGUCUAACUUGGCCCGAUUUGUUAUUAAUCCUUUGCCUGCAUCACAACAUCUUUUAUUUCCAGUUCUGAUUAUGCAUAAGUGAUUUGAGGUAAAGGAAACAAGGUAAUUAAAUGGAACGAUAAUGUAAGGUUAAGUUAAAAGGGCCAUACAAUUUCAAUUCUGCAUAAUAGCACAGCAUUUUAUAAACUUCACAUGUUGAUAUGCUUCCAUAUGACUGGUUUCACAUUUGUCUCCAGACAUUAGAAGGUAAAUAUAUAUAUUUUCACAAUUCCCUUAAUCAAACAGAUUACUCAUUUACUUAGCUCUUAUGAAGUUGUAAAUUACAGUGCAUGGAGAUUGACGUUAUCUAUCAGGGGGGAAAAGUUAAUGCUUUUUCCACUUGGAACUGGUAGAUUCACUAGAACUUACUCAUGGUUUACUAUAACGUAAAGGUGAUGGAAUUAUGUCAGUCAGAAUACAGCGUCUGUGGCCACACCUUCAUUUAUUCGUCUCCACCUCUAACUAAUAGGUGAAUAGCAUGCUAUUCUCAUGCUUAAGUUCAAGGUCAGAAUACGCAGAGAGAAAAGAGCACAGAAAAUUGAAUAAGGUUCCAUACACGUGCUUACCUCAGGUCAGAAACGGGCCCAUGUGUUGAAUGGUCAUAUGGGGUGAAAUGUGUAUCUAUUUGAGUAUGUCAGCACAUAGUCCAUUUGACCUGACAAAGAUUCUUGUGGAUCGAAACGUUGUCAAUAAAAGUGGUAAUUGGGAGCAUAUUC